AUGUUCCCAGCCACCGCUCUCCUCUCGCUUUGCUUCCUCGCUGUUGCCCACGGCCAGCAGGUCGCCACUCUUCAGGCCGAAAACCACCCGGCUUUGCCGAUGCAGCAAUGUACGGCCCCCGGUUCUUGCACCACCCUUAACACUGCCGUCGUUCUUGAUUCCAACUGGCGAUGGACCCACAGUGUCAACGGCUCGACCAACUGCUACACAGGCAAUACUUGGGAUAAAACUCUUUGCCCAGACCCCACCACAUGUGCGACCAACUGCGCUCUCGAUGGGGCCGACUACCCGGGCACAUAUGGCAUCUCCACCUCUGGAAGUGCCCUCACUCUUAAAUUCAAGACCGGCUCGAAUGUCGGUUCUCGUGUCUAUCUGACGGCGCCUGGCGGCACUGCCUAUCAAAUGUUCAAGUUGAUCAACCAAGAGUUCACCUUCACUGUUGACAUGUCGCACCUUGGCUGUGGCCUCAAUGGCGCUCUGUAUUUCUCGGAGAUGGACUCUGAUGGUGGUCUUGCCCGAUUCCCUGGCAACAAGGCUGGCGCGAAGUAUGGAACCGGCUACUGUGACUCUCAAUGUCCCCGGGACUUGAAAUGGAUCGGUGGCCAGGCUAAUGUCGUUAACUGGACGGGUUCUGCCAGCGAUGCCAACUCAGGCACUGGAUCUACAGGUACCUGCUGCAACGAAAUGGACAUCUGGGAAGCGAAUCAGUAUGGCUCGGCCUACACCCCCCAUCCCUGCUCUGUCACCAAACAGACUGCCUGCACCGGACUCGACUGCGGCAGUGGCUCCGACCGCUAUAAUGGCAUCUGCGACAAGGAUGGCUGUGACUUUAACUCGUGGCGCAUGGGCAACCAGCAGUUCCUUGGCUCCGGGUCUGGCUUCACCAUUGACACUACCAAACCCAUCACCGUCGUUACCCAAUUCAUCUCAAGCAAUGGCGGUAGCUCUGGAUCGCUCUCUGAAAUUCGUCGCGUCUACGUCCAAAACGGCAAGGUCAUCGCCAACUCCAACUCCAACAUCGCCGGCGUUACGACAAGCAAUUCGAUCACCGACAGUUUCUGCACACAACAAAAGACGGCCUUUGGUGACACCAACAGCUUCUCUGCUCGUGGUGGACUUAAUACCAUGGGUGGAUCCCUCUCGAGGGGUAUGGUUCUAUCUCUUUCGGUCUGGGACGACCACGAGGCUUCCAUGCUUUGGCUCGAUAGCAACUACCCCCUGAACAAGAGCGCCACUACCCCCGGUGUCAGCCGUGGUCCUUGCGACGCAACCUCUGGCGACCCAAAGAACGUCGAGAGCCAGCAGUCUGGUGCCUAUGUCAUAUUCUCUGACAUCAAGAUUGGUCCCAUCGGCUCUACCUACAGCGGCGGCUCUAGCAGCAGCGCUUCAUCUGGCCCCAGCGGAACAUCCUCCGCUGCCCAACCCACUGGCUCGCCAGUUGGCGAAUGGGGACAAUGUGGUGGCCAGGACUGGCACGGAUCAACGACUUGUGCCGCCGGACUGACUUGCGUCUACUCCAACCCAUACUACUCACAGUGCUUGCGCAAAUAA